CAACCUCAGCAACAAGAAGUUUUCUUCCCCCUCUUCGCAUACACUGCUCCUGCCAAUCUCUACCGUACGAAAAUUCCAAGAGUUGAGACCAGGCUUAAGCAGGAUACGGCGAAGUAACUAUAGGGCGCGGUACAGGCUUAAGUAGAGAGGCGCCUGCUUGUUUGAUGGUCUGGGGCGUCAAUGGGAUCCCUCUGUGGCAGACCGCAUGCUUGCUUUCCCGAACCCACCUGCGGAGAGGACCUCUCUACUAUGAGAGGUGCCUGCUUGUUUGUUGGUCUGGGGAGUCUGGCUAUCUACUCUGAGAUCUGCCAGCGGAUGGACCAGCCAGCUUGCGAAACGGAGCAGAUAGCUUGCGAUGAUGCCAACUUUGCAAUAAUGGAGUAGGGGUCUCUCGGGUGCCUUCCGUGAAGAAGGGAUUAACUAGCUGCUACUGAUCCGCGUUUUAUUCUGUGGAAGCUACCCUGUUUCUAAAGAACCUUGUCACUUGCGAUGAUGGACCAGGUAGCUUGUGAUAAUGGACCAGGCAGCUGGCGAGGAUGGACCAGCUAACUUGAGAAACUAGAAUCAAUCAAUCACUACCCUCAGCUCCUUGUCGUGACCUCUGCGGGGCAAUGACGACAGCUGUCUGCUUGGAGGGAGCAACCACCAGACGGGCAGACGGGAAGCAACCACGUUCCUCCAUUCUCUCGUAGGCGUCUUUUCGAGGUGAGUGUAAAGGGAGUAAAAUCUAUGUCUUAGG